UGAUUUCGCAAAAUUAAAAAUUCUCUGGUCGGUUAGGGUUUCUCUCUCUCUCUGGGACUGCCUCGCCGGAGUAGUCAUCGGCCUGUGGUUUACUCUUAACAUCUUCGAGAGAUCGGAGAGGUCGCCUCCGGAGAUCUGAAUCCACCGGGAGCGAUGUACGGCUACAGGGGGGCAAUGUUGGGAAGCGGGGGGGUUUCGGAUGGGUACGAGGUCGGCUCAAAGAGACAAAGAAUGAUGGAAUCAAAUCCCUACUUCGCAGUGAGCAGCGGUCCGGGUGGUUAUCAUCAUAACCAGCCUUAUGGCUUUGGCCGUGGCUAUCAGCCUCCAGUGUUUCCAGUGGUCCGCCUCAGGGGACUGCCUUUCGAUUGCACCGAUCUGGACAUCUGCAGGUUCUUUGCUGGACUUGACAUAGUAGACAUCUUGCUGGUCAACAAGAAUGGCAGAUUCUCAGGAGAGGCUUAUGUUGUCUUUUCUGGAGAUAUGCAUGUCGAGUUUGCUCUGCAGAGAGAUCGACUGAACAUGGGGCGGAGGUACGUAGAGGUCUUCAGGUGCAAGAGGGAAGAUUACUACCACGCUGUGGCUGCAGAGGUGAAUUAUGAAGGAAACUAUGAUACUGACUAUCACGGAAGUCCCUCAGCUACCCCUCGGCCUAAGAGGUUCAGCACAAGUAAGGACCAGAUGGAGUUCACUGAGAUAUUGAAGCUUCGUGGGCUUCCCUUCUCUGUUAAGAAGUCAGACAUUGUCGAGUUUUUUCGAGAUUUCAAGGUAGAUGAAGACAAGAUACACAUUGCUUGUAGGCCUGAUGGGAAAUCAACUGGGGACGCGUUCGUGGAGUUUGCCUCUGUUGAUGAGGCGAAGAGGGCGAUGAUUAAGGACAAGAUGACCAUCGGGUCGAGGUAUGUGGAGCUCUUUGCCUCCUCUCGUGAUGAGGCUCGUAGAGCUGAAUCGAGGUCCAGGCAAUGAGAGGAGGUGCUAUGGUCCGAUGGUGAUGAUCCCCGAAAUUUGCGACUUGUUUGUAGCUCUUCUUUGUAGCUGCUUGACUUUUGUUUCCAUAUACGAGUGAACACAAACUCCUCUUGUCAUGCUAGCUCUUGUUGAAAAGAAGUUUUCAGGAUAUUGGAUAAGCGGUGCCCUUUUCAUCUCUUGUUGAA